UACCGCAUUGUUGUUGGGGAAGAGAAGCUGAAGCUCAGGGCUCGGGCCACCGCUGAGCUCUGCCACUUGUGACUGACUGCAAUUCAACAGUCCUCCUUACCAUCGUUUUAACGGAUUACAACGGAACACAUAGAACCGGCUCCGUCGCCCUGGAUACCCGCCAGUUACGCUCAGGGUUUUCUCGGUUGAGUGCGAGCCGCGGCCGCCGUUGGAUAAAAAGACUGGAUGUGGAUUUAGCCACCGCUUCUGCUCCACGGGCCGCGCCGCCAUUGCUACUUUUGUACGAGCGGAAUUCGUGAAAACCCCGUGUAGUCGACCAGCUGGACUGGAUGACUGAGAACCUUCACAGACCUACUGGGGUUUACAGUUUCAAGAUGAAGAAAAAAGGUAGAAAUCACCGUCCAUCUGUGCUGAAGAGGGAGUCAUCUCCGAUCAAGCCAUCACCAAACCGGGAAACACUGACUUAUGCGCAAGCUCAGCGGAUCGUAGAGCUGGAGGUCGACGGCCGCGUACACCGGCUUAGUAUCCAUGACAAGCUUGAUGUUAUCACUGAUGAUGACCCCGCUGCUCAGGAAAUCAGUGAGUGUAACAGCAACAAGGAGAAUAAUGAGAAGCCCCAGCAGGUCCUGGUGCGCUCUAUGCGUCUCAAAAACAACCAGCAGAAGAAAAUUGCAGCUCUCACGGCCUCUCAUGGCACGAGUGGCACACAGAGCAGUGUCAGCAGCCUGUUAGAGCCAAAGGUUAGAACUGUUGAAUACAAUCUGCCCGUGGUGCCGAAAAGGCCAGCAGCAUAUUACAAGUACACAGAGAGGACUGCUGAGGAGCUGGACGAGGAAGUGGAGUAUGACAUGGAUGAGGAAGACUAUGCCUGGCUGGAGCUUGUCAACGAGAAGAGGAAGAGUGAGGGGAUCAGCCAGGUGUCACACAACCUCUUUGAGUUCUUGAUGGACCGCUUUGAGAAGGAGUCCUUCUUGGUCACACAGGGUCAAAGUGAUCUGCAGCCUCCUGUGGACGAGGAUGCUGUUUGCUGCAUCUGCAUGGAUGGAGACGGUGCAGACAGCAAUGUUAUUCUUUUCUGUGACUCCUGCAACAUCGCUGUGCAUCAGGAGUGCUAUGGGGUUCCAUACAUCCCAGAGGGUCAGUGGCUGUGUCGCCACUGCCUGCAGUGUCCUUCACGGCCUGCAGAGUGUGUUUUCUGCCCCAACCAAGGUGGAGCUCUGAAAAAGACAGAUGACGACCGCUGGGGCCACGUGGCAUGUGCUCUGUGGGUCCCAGAGGUCGGCUUCUCAGACACGGUUUUCAUCGAGCCCAUCGAUGGUGUCCGCAACAUCCCACCUGCACGUUGGAAGCUGACCUGCUACCUGUGUAAGGAGAAGGGUGCAGGAGCAUGCAUCCAGUGUGACAAGAUCAACUGUUACACUGCCUUCCAUGUCAGCUGUGCCCAGAAGGCUGGCCUCUACAUGAAGAUGGAGCCUGUCAAAGAGGUGAUGGCAUCUGGUGCCACCACAUUCUCUGUGAAAAAAACUGCCUAUUGCUGCAGCCACACACCUGAAGGCUGCAACCGCCGCCCUGUCAACGUCUAUGAGAAGUUGCAUUCAAAAAAUGGAGCCUGUCACAAGAGGGCUGAGAAAAGGGGUAAUUCCAGAGCCAAAGGUUGGCACAAGAAAAAAAGUAAGAGGGCGGAACCCGAAGCGCAACCACAGCCCGAGACCACCACCAACACUGGUCCAAGUAUUACCUCCUCAAGUUUCGACACUAUAUUGAACCAAGUGGCAGUUCAGAGGAAACGUCAGUUUGUUGAACGGUUACUGAGCUACUGGAUUUUGAAGAGACAGUCGAGGAACAACGUGCCACUGAUCCGCCGGCUGCAGGCCAACAUUCAGCCACCUAAAGUCAAGCAACCGGUCAUUGCUGUUCUCCAGGACCGUAUGGAAAUGAACCAGCUGCUAAAGGAACAACUGAAAGAGUGGCACCGCCUCCGGCACGACCUGGAGCGAACUCGUCUGCUGCUAGAGCUCAUCAGGAAGAGAGAGAAGCUCAAGAGGGAAGAGAUAAAGCUGCAACAGUCGGUGCUGGAGGUCCAGCUGACCCCCUUCAACAUUCUGCUGAGAGCUGUGCUCAGCCAACUGCAGGAGAAGGACCAGUGCAGCAUCUUCGCUCAGCCCGUCAACAUCAAAGAGGUUCCGGACUACCUGGAUCACAUCAAAAACCCCAUGGACUUUUCCACCAUGAGAAAACGCAUCGAUACUCAUGACUAUAGAAGCCUAGAGGAGUUUGAGGAGGACUUCAACCUCAUCAUCAACAACUGCAUGAAAUACAAUGCCAAGGACACCUUUUUCUUCAAGGCAGCUCAGCGGAUGCAGGAUCAUGGAGGAGUCAUUCUCCGUAGGGCUCGCAGAGAGACUGAGCGGAUCGGCUUUGAUUUCCCCAGCUGCUUGCAUCUGCCUGAAGCCCCAAAUCUAGAAGCCCCACUCCCCUUUUCCUGGGAGGAUGUUGACCGCCUGCUAAUCCCCACCUACCGUCAGCAAACCCCGCUAGAAGUUCAGCUAAAAGAACUGCUGGAGAAGCUGGACAUGAGCACAGCCAUGAAGCACAGUCCAUCCCGCAGCAAGAGGCUCAAACUUCUCAAGAAGAUCAUCAUGGAGGUACGUAGUGAGAUAAGCCUUAAGAAGUCCCUUCCACUACCACCAUUUGCUGCCCCAGAGUCUGGACUGACUCCCACCAAGACUGAUGAGAAACCACUACCUGAACUUCCAGCAGAAACCUGUGUGAAACAGGAAGAGCAAUCUUUAUCUCCACCAAUGUUAGAGCUAUUGACCUCACCAUCACAGCUUGACACCUCAUCCAUUGACUUGGAGCGGGCCCAUUUGCAGCCAGCGACAACCAGCAUAGACCAGACUCCCAUGGAGUCUGACAGUAACACGUCUACCUCACCACACCCAGAUAUCCCCAAUGGGCACACCCCAGGCACACCACUCCCUAAUGGUGUCAUCAACACAAGAGCCCCUGAUACCUGCAACAGACGGACCGAUUUACUAUUCCAUAAGUCCAAGAGUGCCAGCUUGCAGAAACCUUCCAAGGCUCAGGAGGCAUCCUCUGUUCCGCCUCCAUCCCUGGGCGCUAAAACCUUCCUGUCUGUAGUGAUACCUCGACUGGAGACACUCCUAUUGCCGAAGAAGAGACGACGCAGCAGCAGUGCUGAUGGAGAGGAUGAAGACGAGGAGUCGCCAAUUAAACGCCUCGGCACAGGAAUCGCUAAUGGUUUUGUGGUCGAGGAGGAGGAAAUCUCACCGUCUCCUCGCCUGGUAGAACCUCGCCGUCGCUGUGCAUCCGAAUCGAGCAUCUCCUCCAGUGGGAGUGUCUUCUGCAGCACAAGCACCAUCAUUGUAUCUAAAGGCGGGAAAGGGCGGCUGGUGGCGACUCGAAGGAGCACUGUGGAUGACAAAAGCAGUCUCAUGGCCUGCGUGGAUAACGGGGAGUUCACCAAAGCUGCUAAGAUCUCUCCAGAGGUGUGGAAACCCACCGCUGCUUCUCCAUUUGUUCUGGAGCCUCUUAAACUAGUUUGGGCUAAAUGUAGUGGAUAUCCCUCCUUCCCCGCCCUGAUCAUGGAGCCCAGAGUGCGGAGGACAGUGUGCCGGCACAACGGGGCGGAGCUUCCACGUCCACCACUGGACGUUCUCAAAGCCGGCGAGCGGAUGCAGUUCAGGUCCGCAGAGAAACUCUUCCUCGUCCACUUCUUCGACAGCAAGCGCAGCUGGCAAUGGCUUCCUAGAUCCAAGAUGGCUCCUUUCGGGAUCAGCCAGACACUUGACCGGAUCAAGCUGACGGAGGCUCGCUCCCCCCACACCCAAAAAGCUGUGCAGUUUGCCUUUAACAAAGCCAUGAAGCACCUGAACUGCAGCAGCGGUGAGCCGGAGCCCGGCACCACUCACACCAUCGCAGACUGAAAAACAUGCUGUGUUUGUGUGUCAUACGCAACACCUGCACAAAUAUACGCACAAACAAUACACUUGACAUGUUGAGUAGAUAGAUUUGAACACCUCCCUGCACAUCUGUCCCCCCCUGUCUGAAAUACUGUAGCUUAUGGCGGCUAACUAGUUUUGUAAAAGCUAUGCAAUGGAUACGACUCGGUUAGCGGGUUCAAAAAGUUGGAAAAAAAAAAACAACAACACUAGCUGUGAGGACAGUAAA